GGCGUCUACACCGCGGGCUCGGAUACUGGCACAUAUAUCACGGAUUUGCUGUAUUCGAAAGAUAAAUCAUGCGUAAUGACAAAGCAGAGGCACGGAAAGUUCGUCUGGGAACUGCAACACUGUUGUUUGGCUCAGAAGACUUAAUGGGACUAUAUGACUGCAAUGGUAUCUUAGACAAUACUGAAGAGCUGAGGAAGCAGAUGGAUGAGCAAGGAUAUUUGUUCAUUCGCCAGCUGCAUAACAGAGAUGAUGUGCUCAGUGCAAGGGAGGCUGUGCUUCAGCACAUUCAAUCCAAGGUACCAGAAGCAUUUGACCCAGACAAACCCCUACAAGAUGGGGUUUUGAAAUUGGACACAGAGGAUAAGAAAAACAAAUUCAAAGAAGUAACCAGCAGAAUACAGGGUGACAAUGAUCUAGUGUGCUGUGAAGCUGUCAAGAAAGUGCUGGAAGGUGAUAGUGUCAAACAAUUCUUCAGGAAGUUUUUUGGACAAGAUUCAAAGACUUUUACUUAUAAGUGGUUAAGGGCUGUAGAACCAUGUGGAUUCACAGGUGUCCAUGUUGAUAAUGUGUACAUGUCACGUGGCACUGACAAGCUUCUCACUGUCUGGACUCCCUUCAGUGAUGUUACCAUGGAAAUGGGAUCACUGGCCAUGUGCGAAGGUUCACACAAACUGCCAAGCUUUGACCAUUUCCAGGACACUUAUGGUAGCUUAGAUCUUGAUAAGGAGGGUGUGGUUGGUUCUGGCUGGUUUUCCGAGGAUGCAAAUGAGAUAACUCAGAGAUUUGGAGGCAAAUGGAAGACUGCAGAUUUUAAAGCUGGAGAUGUACUUAUAUUUACUCAAAGGACAGUCCACAUGUCUAGUGUGAACGCAACUCAACGUGUGCGAAUCAGCUGUGACACAAGAUGGCUCGCCGAAAGUGACGUCGCAGACCCUCGCUACAUGGCGCCAAUCGCACCCCGUAAGCCCAAAUAUGGCUCAUUCGGGCUUGGAGUCCAAGUUGCCCCAGAUGCUGUGACAAUGGAGAAGAAGAAGAGAGAAUGGGGGUUUCUGUGACUUUCACGUGAUUUGCACGUGAUACCAUCAUUUGCUAUGACCAUACUCCGAACGGUUAGACAACUUAGAUGGUUUAGAAUUCUAUAAGAAGAUUUUCAAUAAGGACGUUAGCUUUGUAUAAUUACAGCGGUGUCGGUUAGAGAGAUGGAGUUUUUUUUUGGAAGCUAAUGACCGCUGAUACAACUUGGUCGAGUCGAAGGCAUAGAAACCGCCUCAGACAUCCA